CGGUUGUUGAUGACGCAAUUUGUAGGCGGCCGAUUCUAGUCUUUUGUGUUUAUCUUCAGCUUCUUUGGUGAAUGGAUCGGUGCGUUCAACAGUACUACUUCUUCGUCGGUGGAUACGGACAAUAAAACCGCUUAAAUGGUAGUGCGCACUGAGUGCAAACGCAAAGAUGAACAAAGGGUGGCUGGAGCUCGAGAGCGACCCAGGAUUGUUCACUUUGCUAGUUGAAGAUUUUGGUGUUAAAGGCGUACAGGUCGAAGAAAUAUAUGACCUUCAAAGCAAGUGUCAAAGCCCAGUCUAUGGCUUCAUCUUUCUGUUUAAGUGGAUUGAGGAGCGUCGAUCCAGGAGGAAAGUUAAUACUUUAGUGGAUGAAACCUCUGUCAUCGAUGAGGAGAUAGUUAAUGAUAUGUUCUUUGCACAUCAGCUGAUACCAAAUUCAUGUGCCACUCAUGCCUUGCUGAGUGUGCUUUUGAAUUGCAGUGGUGUCGAGCUUGGCACCACCCUGAGUCGCAUGAAAGCUUUCACAAAAGGCUUCAGCCCGGAGAGUAAAGGUUAUGCCAUUGGAAAUGCUCCUGAGCUGGCCAGAGCACAUAACAGCCAUGCCAGACCGGAACCUCGGCACCUGCCGGAGAAACAGAAUGGUAUUAGUGCAGUUCGAACUAUGGAGGCCUUCCACUUUGUGAGCUAUGUCCCCAUCAAAGAUCGCCUCUUUGAGCUUGAUGGCCUCAAGGCCUACCCUAUUGACCACGGGCCAUGGGGAGAGGAGGAGGAAUGGACGGAUAAAGCUCGACGGGUCAUCAUGGAGAGGAUUGGUCUGGCUACUGCUGGUGAGCCAUAUCAUGACAUCCGCUUCAACUUGAUGGCAGUGGUGCCGGACCGUAGGAUGAAGUACGAGUCCAAACUGGAGGUUUUAAAGAAGAAUCGACAGACUAUUUUGGAAGGUCUACAGAAGAUGAUCCGACUCACCCAACCUGAGCUUGUCCAUGACAAAAAGCAGCAGGACUCACCCACGCUUGACGGCAGCGCCAAUUCAAUCAAGAAAGAAGCAGACACGGAGCUAGUAACAUCCCAAGGGGCUGAUCAAGCUACCCCUGAGGAGUCAGGAGGGAAAUCUAAAGCUAGCCCCAUUCCUCCAGGAAACACUAAGGCCACAGGAAAAACACCCGGAGGAGGCUCACAGCAAGUCACCAACCCCAUCGUUCAACGCUUGCCUGCCUUCCUCGACAAUCACAACUAUGCCAAGUCACCGAUGCAGGAAGAGGAGGAUCUUGCUGCCGGUGUGGGACGUUCUCGAGUGCUGGCACCUGCACGACCAGCAUACUCUGAAGAUGAAGAUGACUAUGAGGAUGAGGAGGAAGUCACAGCAUCUGCAGGAGCAGCAACGAGAUUUAGACGGAAGGCCGGUCUGCGAUCACGAACAGGAAGAGUCGUAACUGGAAUGGAAAGCCAGAUUGCCCUCAGUGUCUUAGCUGAAAAACUAAAGAAGGAGGCCCAAAAAAAAGACGCCCUCAACACACCGCUGUCUGUGCGCACCGAAGGCCGCACCGGCGGCAUUUGCAUCACAUCCGCUUCGCAGCCCUCCCCCACACCCAGCAACGAGAGCACCGACACGGCCUCGGAGAUCGGCAGCGCCUUCAACUCGCCGCUUCGCUCACCAGCACGCUCACAAGCCGCUACGCGUCCAUCGAGUCCCGUAGCAUCCCAUCUGUCGCGCGUGCUGUUUGGAGAAGACGAGUUGCUUCGACUAGACUCCCGACACAAUCGUGCUGUAAGAGAACUGGGUCCGUCUGUCAGUGUGGCCCUGCUACAUCUCCUGGAGGAUGGAAUCAUCUAUUCUCUUCCACCAUCUGCCGAAUUGGCUGCAGAUGCUAUUAAGUCGCCUUGCAAUCCUGAGAAGGUAAAGGAUAAUGAUCAAGCGGAGAAGGAAACAACAACCGAGAAAGACAAGGGACCAUCUGUGGAUGUGAAGAAAGAGGAGGAGGAGGAGGAGAACAAAGAUGGGGAAGAUGUGAAACCUAGCAAGGAAAAGCUGGAUGCUAUCGAGCCUGCUGCCGACAGAAAGCCCCCGGGGGAUAAGUACUCACCCAAAGAGUUGCUUGCACUUCUCAAGUGUGUAGAGGCGGACAUUGCCAAUUAUGAAGUGUAUCUAAAGGAGGAAAUCGAAAAAAGAAAGAAAUACAAAAUUGACGAUCAGAGAAGGACCCAUAAUUACGAUGAGUUCAUUUGCACCUUUAUAUCUAUGCUGGCCCAAGAAGGGAUGCUAGCCAGCCUUGUGGAGCAGAACAUUUCGGUUCGUCGCCGGCAGGGAGUGAGUAUCGGCCGCCUGCACAAACAGAGGAAGCCCGAUCGCAGGAAACGCUCGCGACCUUACAAGGCCAAGCGGCAGUAAUUUUAAGAACGCGUGGCUGUCAGGAUCAGUCGUAAUCAUCAUGGUUAAACAGAAAUCCCAGAAAUCGCCACGCCCAUGAACUUCAUCAUGUCACCGGUUCAUCGUGGCGUUUUAGUCCCAGCAUUGUUGUUUUCAUGCAACUGACCAAAUCCGUUUUUUUUUUUUUUUUUUUUACAAUCAUGUGUGUAAAUCUUUUAGUGAUAUUGUAUACUGAUAUUUACCAUUUGUAAAUACGGAAUCAAAGGAAAUGUAUUUAGUGAACUACAAUGCUCUUUGGUCAUGCGAUAUUUAAUGUUUUUGGAUGUUUUCUCUGUAUACAGACUCAUGGUCAGCAUAUUCAAGAUUUUUUCUUUUCUUCCCAAAUUAUAAAUUAUUCAGUGUCUGUAUAUCAUAAAGUUACAUCUGCUAACCAAAUGCUAUACCACUGAUCAAACACACCAAUUUUAAAAAUCACAUUCCUCUUUGAGAGUUUUAAUAAUGAAGGUCAUCUGUUUGGGACAACCGUUCUCAACCCGCGAUAUUUUGCGCUUCAAUUUUCUGUAAAAGUUAAAUAAUCUCUUGUUAUUCUUUUUAACCUAGAAGAGAUCUCAGAGUGGCGUAAUAAAUAAAUUGCAUGUGUGUCUCUUGUACAUAUUUAUAUGUUUACGGUGCUCAGCAGGAACUCCCUGAGCUCAAAGUGUUACUGCCAUUGUGCUUGCCAUUUCAUACUGCAAUAAAGUCAAUUCAAACAGUG